AUGUUCCGAUACCUUAGGCUCGUCGGUACAAGUUUGACAGCGGACUUUGUUCCUUACUGGUUCGUCGGGCCAGUAGGGAUGAGCAUUUCAUCCGUCAUUUUAUUUGCCUUUCCAUACGAAAGCGAGUGGCUCCGCAUAUGUUCGUAUGUGGCAUUUUGCAUUACCGCGCUCUCCUUUAUCAGUGUGGUGGUACUUGCAAUCUGCAAUUGUUGGCAAGUGUGUAGGAGACAUUCAGGGAAGGCAUAUUUCGACAAGUAUUUCCGAAAUGAUGGUGUUGGAGCUUUUUGGGCCUUUUCACAGAUGGCAUGGGGCACGCUGGUGAGUUUUGUGGGGCAUGUUUGCGUUACUUACGGUCCGCCUGGCUGCAUGAUUUUCGUCUACGUGUUGUGGUGGAUCGAUAUCGUUCUUUCCCUGCUGGUCGCAUGGGGCUUGAUAUUCUUAGUAUGGAGCGAUCACUACGGCGGCGACAGUGAAUUGCAAUUGCAUCGAGAUUUCAUGAGAAAGAAGAUCCAGCCCGUGCUAAUUUUGCCCGUGGUCCCAUGCUUGGUUGCGACCUCUGCCGGCGGCGUUUUCAUGAUGAGCGGACCGUUCGUUGAAAUUUUCGAUCGCCGUGGUCAACUUCUAACGCUUUUCGUUUCGCUGCUGGUGUGGCUACAUGCGAUCUGUUUGGUAUUUCUCAUUACAGGCUCGUGCGUGUGGAGUUUUUAUGUGAACAAAUUUCCACGUAAGAAUUCGGCCUUCACCAUGUUCCUUUUGGUAGGUCCCAUGGGGCAGGGAAGUUUUGGGGUGCAGUUGUUGGCCCAAAAUUUCGGGACGUUCAUCACGCGAACUCCCAUGACGGCCCGCGGCGGCUCAGCAACAGAAGAGGUACUGCGGAUCGCCGUAAAAACUUCAAUUGCUGUUAACGGGGCCAUAACUGGGUUGUUUCUCAUUGAUGCAGGAUUUUUUUUCACCGCUAUGUCAGUGGCAGCCGUGCUCCGCCGGUUCGGAGACGAGGGGGGCGCGCAUAUUAUAACGCGUUUCCAUAAGGGCUGGUGGGCGUUACCGUUCCCUCUGGGUACUAUGUCGCUGGCCACCACCGAAUUUUACCGCCAGCAUAAUGACAUCUUGCACGUCGGGGCGUUCCAGGUUAUAGGCGCGGUGUACGGGUUGCUUUCUGUUGCCUCCGCGAUCGUGUGUUUCUGCUUCACGCUAGUGGCAUUUUUCCGGAACCUUGCGGCGUCUACGCGCGUCACCAACGGCACUAAGAAGCGGCCCGACGGCCGUCGCGCCUCUUGA